CCCGGUAGUUCCCGGAGCCGCCAUGAGCGCGGCCCGGCCCGGGCUGCGGCGGCUGCGCUCGGCCGCGGGCAGCGCGGGGAGCCAGAUCCAGGGCACACGGCAGAGCAGGAGGAGGAAGAGCCUGGCCAUCGCCUACGAAGCGGGGCAGGGCGAUGGGGCCGAGCCCCGGCGGGCGCGCUGGGAGCCGCCGCGCUGGCGGGAGCAGCUGCAGCGCAUCCGGGACAUGAGGAGCAGCAGGGAUGCUCCCGUGGAUGAGAUGGGAGUGCAGAGGUGCUACGACAGCAGUGCACCUCCAGAGGUGAUGCGCUACCAGGUGCUGCUGGCCCUGAUGCUGUCCAGCCAGACCAAGGACCAGGUGACGAGCGCUGCCAUGCUGCGCCUGCGCCGGCGCGGCCUCACCGUGGACAGCGUGCUGCAGAUGGAUGAUGAGACCCUGGGGCAGAUCAUUUAUCCCGUGGGCUUCUGGAGGAACAAGGUGAAGUACAUCAAGCAGACCACAGCCAUCCUGAAGCAGAAGUACGGGGGUGACAUCCCCAGCACUGUGGAGGAGCUGGUGCAGCUGCCAGGAGUUGGGCCCAAAAUGGCCCAUUUGGCCAUGCACAUUGCCUGGGACAGCGUGGCUGGGAUAGCUGUGGACACCCACGUGCACAGGAUCUCAAACAGGCUCAAGUGGGUGAAGAAGGAGACCAAGAGCCCCGAGGAGACUCGGGUGGCACUGGAGGAGUGGCUGCCCAGGGACCUCUGGAAGGAGAUAAACUGGCUCCUGGUGGGCUUUGGGCAGCAGACCUGCCUGCCUGUGAAGCCUCGCUGCAGCCAGUGCCUCAACCAAGACAUUUGCCCAGCUGCCAAGAGACUCUGAGGGAUCAUCCAGCCUUGGGAGAGCCACAAAGCUGCUUGGGCUGAGCCCUGCUACAGCUGGGCCUGGCACAGGGCUGGCAGUGUGACUGCAGGGGACAGGAGCCUGCUGCAGCAGCUCGAGGGAACAGCCACUGGCAAUGCUCAGCUCUCCAGAGGGAAAAGGGGCUUUGAGAGGCAGCAAUCCUGCUGGGACACAGCUGAAGGCUCCAGCCUGGGUGAAUGGCUGAGCACAGCCCAGCUGUGCCACACUGAGUCACUGGAGAGAAAAGCUUUGUCCUCAGGGACUUGCUGCUGCUUGUAAAUACUCCUUUAAUAAAGGUGGUGAGGGCUUUUUUUGCACCCACGA